CAGAUUUGACAAAAUGUCUCUUUGAUUCUUUAUGACAAAUUGAUUGGCCUGGCAAUUCUCUGUUUGAUUAUAGCUAAGAAAAAACAAUUUCUUCAUAAAUUUACAAGAUAUUGAAUACCAAAUAAUCAAUAACUUCUGAUAACUUUGCACACACAAUUCAAAGCACGAAGUGUACUCUAUCAUACUUAAAACAAUCUCUCACUUGUGUCUAAAGAAUGAAAAGUCGAGUUAAACAUUAUAAUAGGAUAGGAAGCAUUUCUUUAUCAACAAAAUCGUUCUCUUUUCUUCUUUAGCCUAAAGAUCUAGAUGCUGUUGAAUCUCAAAGGAUAGAAAGACAACAGGCUGCCAAAAGAAUAAGGCGAAGCAAAUCUGCACCAAAUAGUGGCAGGUCAUGUUCUGUGUCAGAUUCGUCAAAAGGUGGUCAGUGUACAGGCGAAGAAACUAAGUCAGCAUGUCUUCCAAACAUAUUCAAGAUGCAGCAAAAAACAAGUGACAAAUACAAAGACCAAAACAAUCAACAGGACCAAUUAACAACUCCACCGAUAUCUUCUCCCGAUUCAAAUCCUCCACCAUACCAAGACUCAUUACAAUACAUUAAUUGUGAUCCUGCAAGUAACAACCUAGAAAAUGUUCCAGUGAAUAAAUGUCACAAGGAUGAAUGGUCAGACACAAAGGAUGAGACAACAGUUCCCUUACUGGAAAAAAUACAAAAUAACAAGUCUUAUCCAAAGCCAACUGAUGAUGUCGAUGGUAUGGGUCCCAGUGAUAUGGCAGGUAGUGACUAUGAAUGCAGUGAACGAGUGGUAAUUAAUGUAAGUGGUCUACGAUUUGAAACACAAUUACGGACUUUAAACCAAUUCCCAGAGACAUUACUUGGGAAUCCACAGAAACGAAAUAGAUACUAUGAUCCACUAAGAAAUGAGUACUUUUUUGAUCGGAACCGACCAAGUUUUGAUGCAGUGUUAUAUUAUUACCAAAGUGGUGGACGUUUAAGAAGGCCAGUUAAUGUUCCAUUAGAUGUUUUCUCAGAGGAAAUUAAAUUUUAUGAACUUGGAGAUGAUGCUAUUCAAAAGUAUAGGGAAGAUGAAGGAUUUAUCAAGGAAGAAGAAAAACCAUUACCUACAAAUAUAUUCCAGAGACGAGUUUGGCUGUUGUUUGAAUAUCCAGAAAGUUCAACUUCAGCCAGGCUAAUUGCAAUAUUCUCAGUGGUUGUUAUUUUAAUGUCAAUUGUGAUCUUUUGCUUAGAAACAUUACCAGAAUUCAAAAAGUAUCGAUAUUUGAACAAAACUAGUGAAACUGGCAAUUCCACAACACCAUCGAUUGAGGAAGAUGAUAUUCCUCAGUUUAAUGAACCUUUUUUCAUUAUAGAAACCUGCUGUAUUAUUUGGUUCACUUUUGAGCUUUUAGUUAGAUAUGCUUCCUGUCCUGGAAAAUUAGGAUUCUUUAAAAAUGUAAUGAAUCUUAUAGAUAUUGUGGCAAUCAUUCCAUAUUUUAUCACACUAGGUACCGUAAUUGCCGAUGAAGGUAAAUCGAACAACCAGGCCAUGUCUCUUGCUAUCCUAAGAGUGAUAAGAUUAGUAAGAGUGUUUAGGAUAUUUAAAUUAUCAAGACAUUCAAAGGGACUACAAAUAUUAGGACAGACUUUAAGAGCCAGUAUGCGAGAAUUGGGAUUGCUCAUUUUCUUCCUCUUCAUUGGAGUUAUUUUGUUUUCUAGUGCAGUGUAUUUUGCUGAGGCAGAUGCAGAAAGUACGCAUUUCCAUAGUAUACCUGAUGCCUUCUGGUGGGCGGUUGUAACUAUGACAACCGUCGGCUACGGUGACAUGCGACCGAUAGGAGUUUGGGGAAAGCUUGUAGGUUCAUUAUGUGCCAUCGCUGGUGUACUAACAAUUGCAUUACCCGUGCCUGUGAUUGUAUCAAACUUCAACUACUUUUAUCAUAGAGAGGCAGAGAAUGAUGAUAAAACGAACUACCAUCAUGUACAAAGUUGUCCAAACUACUCAAAUAGCAAGAAAAGUUCAAUUGCCUCUAGCGGUUCAGAAAAUAUUAUGGAAAUGGAAGAAGGCAGUAGUUUUAUUAAUGUGAAUAGUGACAGAUCGAAAGAAAACCACACAAACAAGUGGUUGUUAGAAGUGAACCAAAACAAAGCAGUUGUCGAGAAAGAUGAUGGAAUGGCUGACAGAAACAAAGAAAGAGAAUCAGACAGAAAUGAUUGAAGCUCAAACUGGUGGACAGAAUGCUGACAAAGAAAGGAAGAUUACGAUAUUGACAACACCUGUUCGCUAUACAAAGGGAAGAUAACUCAAUGGAAUUAUCAUAUCACAUCAAUUGAUAGCAUGUGUGUUCUAUUAUUGGCAAGUCAUAACAACUUCAUUAUAGGGAGACAGAGUGGAUACAUUACACAGGGGUAGAAAUCCCCCCUUAGUGGACCCCUUAUGCCAUGUGCCGAUACCAAAAAUGGAUCCAUCUUGUUUCUAGAAAUGCUGGCUAUGUUAAUGUAUAAAAGCUGUGUAUAGAUUUUAAUUUUUUGUCAUUAUUGUUUAUUAUGUUUUUAUUUUAGUCUCACAUCCUGCUCAAUACAAAAGGGUCAAUUUGUGACAAUAUUACCUUUAUAUGUUAUUCUAAAGCAUAAUAAUCGCAGCAUUAUUUUUAAUUAAGCUUUAUAUAGAUGAUAUUAUAUUAUGUUUAUUUUAGUUGUAGACAUUUUUAACAGCGGUACUUUUUUUUGCUAACAAUUUUUCUGUCUUAGUACAUUUAUAAUUUGGUUGAAGAUGGAACAAAAGUUAUUGAUUGAAAAAUGAAAUUACAAAUUUCACAAUCUGAAUAUUUUCCUUAACCCUCUUUGAAAAAUAUAAGAACUAUAGUCUGUACAAUUAGUAAUUAGUAGCAACGGUUAAUGUAGAUCAUCAAUUAGAACAGAAAUGCUAUUAUCAGAUACCUCAGAUUAUUGUAUAGGCGAUUUAAAGGGAGUGUGACUCUUUAUGACAAAAUUCUGGUAAAAAACAGGUAACAUAACUUGAAAUACAAACAAUUGACACUUAAAUGCACCAAACAAGCCCAAAUUUGAACAGUGAAAGACAAACCUUAUUUUUUGUUUGUAAAAAAUAUUUUCAAAAUUGAAGAAAAAAAAGGUAAAAUAGGUCUUCCACCAAAUAUUAAACUAAUGUGUGCCAUUGAUUUAAUUAGCUGAAUUUUGUUUGAUUUUUUAAAUGACUUUAGGUUCUAUUGGUCCAUGUUCAACCAACAUUUAUGUUUGAAUUUGGUAGCUGGAUGAAAUUUUUCUUGAUCAUAUCUCAAGUACACCUUUAAGGUAAAUCUCAAGGUCAUUUGGAAUAAAGAGAGAGAACAGAAAGAUUUGCUUCUCUUUUUGUGUAUUUAACUUUGAAAAAUGCAGAAUUAACUGUGUCCUUUGGUUAAUCUGGUGGAUAGUCUCAUUGGCAAUCAUCCCACUUCUCCUUAUUUUCAUAUUGUUUUUAUUUUACCUCAAUGAGGUUGUAUAUAGGUCAGAACUUAAAUUCCUCCAUUGACUUUUAUUUACUUUUGUAAAUAUAAAACUUCCUACAAAUAUUAAAUUUUGUAGAAAGAUUUUGGUUAGUCGAUUUUAUAGGUGGUAUUUUAAAAUUAUAAAGCAAUUUAACAACAAUUACAUGUUAAAGAAUUUUAAUCUUACUGUUGAUGAAAUAUUAAACUGGUUUUAAACUUGCCUUUGACUUAAAAAGUAAUUGUUUUGUAAAUGUAAUUAGGUCAGCAGGCAUCAAAAUUGAGGUCAGUUGUAAUCAAGUCCAAAUCCUUAUAAUCUGUAAAUAGGUAAACCAAUUUCUAAAGUGAGCCACAAUUUCCAGAGUAAAUAAACAUGACAGAAAUCGGUAAAAGAUGAUAAAUGUAUUAGUUAACCAAUCGAUAGCUAAUGGAUUUUUUUUUAACUGUCCUUAAAUUAAAAUAACCUUAAAUUUGCUAUGAAUAGACAGCUAUAAUUAUUAAAUCAACUUGAAUUGCAUGAUUCUAGUUCCAGAGAAAUCUCACAGCUCUUAUUGAAUUACAUCAGAAUGACACAGUGUCAAUUUGAAUAUUAUUUGCACAAAAUGAAAUGCAUUAAUUGGGUUUUCUAAACAGUUUGAAAAGAACUGUUAUGCAGAAGUUUUAACAAAUCUCAGAUAAUCGGUUUUAAAACCCAUUUUCUGUAGAAGGUCGUCAUAUAAAUAUCUCAAUUUGAAAAUUAGAAUUUUCAGUAAACUUGAUUCAGAUUACCAUUUCUUGUUAAAAGCUAUUUCUUGUUCAAUAAACAUGUUUAUCAACAAGAAUUGAGAGUAAAAGAUUUCUUUCCUUUUAGAACAUGUAACUGUUAAACUGGUCAGGUUAUGAUAAUUCAUUCUUUUUAACUCGUUUUAUUUUAUUUUCUAAAGUUUUUUAAAUGUGUGAAUUUUUUUUGAUUAGGGUGUUAUUGUAAUAUUACGGUUUUAGGUCAAAUAGCUAAAAUUUUGAAAAGAAAGAACAAACAAAAAACUUAAGUAUCUGAAUUGAAGUAUUUAAAAUAAAGUGCAAAAAUCAACAUACUGGAACGGUUGACAUAUUUUCUGUUUUGACAUUGCUUUCUGGUCUUUUUUCAAAAUUUAUAAAUUUACAUAACAUGAAUUAAGUCAAUACUGUCACAAUAGUCAUUCUUAAAUCCAUCUGAAUAAAAUUACCAUUUUCCCAGCUUUUUUUUAACUUCCAAUUCAAAAUUCAUGUAAUUGUUGUUAUUUGUUUAAUUAUAUGGAAAUUUACCAAAUAAUUGCUGACAGACAUUAAAAUUGGUCCUUAAAGUGAAAUCUGUCGUCAUUGUUCUAUUAAAUAAAAAUUUUAACUAGACAAAAAAUAAAUCUGCAAUAAUUACAAAAAGUAGAAAUUAGUCCCUUUGAAGUGAAAUCCAUGUAGAUCAUGAGAUGAAAUCCACUAUUAGGGUUGUAAUGAUUUGUGAUUCCUGUAGACAAUGAUCUAUAUUGUCAUGACCUUUUCAAUACAAUAUUUUAUUCAUUAGAUUACCCCUUUUAUGGAUUAGAUUGUAAUGAAAUUGACAAAUUUAUUUCUCUGGAUGUCUGUAUAAAUAAGUCUUUAGCUGCCUACAUGGUAACUUUGUGGCUCCAUACUAUACAAGAUUAAUUGCAAACAAGGAGAAAGUUCACCAAGGUUCAUUUGUCGAUGGAAUAUUAAAGCAAAUCAAAACAAAUUUUUUAAAUGCAUUGGUUUCUAAAAAUCUAUAAAUUACAAAAAUGUUUAUCAUAAACCACAAGCCCUACAGUCCAGGCCAGUAAAAAUGGUUUGGUCUGGUAAUUUUUUUCUGAAAAGAGGCCUCACAAGCCAUAUAGAUUUAAAGUAGUUUGUGAAAGACUUAUUUUUCGGGGAUGUAAGUCAAUAUUUCUUCAUCUUGGCUUUGCCUACAGGGUUUUUAUGUUAACCAGUUAGUUAAAUAAUGAAAAAUUCAUUUGAGUUCUUCUAAUAAUAUUAAUAUUUCAAACGUCUUUACUGUUUACUUCCUAUUUCCAAAGUUUCAUGGCUUUUUCAAGCUACUAGACGUAAUGAAUGAUAAAUAUAUGUAGGAUUUUUUUCGUAACCUCUACAUUUAAUUUUUUACUAUUCCUUGCAUGCUUACUUCUUAUUUAUAUUUACCAAAAAAAACAUAAAUAUCUAAAGCUCAAACCUAGCAGUGUUUGAGUGCUAUUUUGACAAUCAACUUAUUUUACUUAAGAGAGGGAUUACAUUUUUAAUCAUUGAGACUGAUACAACUAGCCAUUUAAUUCAUUAUUUUGUGCCAAAGAUUUAGGUUAGGGUUUAUUUACUUACUUUUGUUGAGUAUUAAAACUUAGUAUUUCAUUAAGCAUUGGACGGAAUCCAUUACAACUAUGAAAUAUACCAUUUAGAAUGUACGUCUAGGUGUUUAAAUAAUAAAUAGCCUUAUAUUGUCAUCUUUAUGUAAUAAUCAUUUUAAAAUUUUCUGUCCUACUUUUCUUAGUUUGUAUAAAGUUCAAACAUACCACCUGUGUACUGAAACUAUAACCAUUCAUAUUAUUUUGAAAUUCUAUUUGUUAAAAGACUACAUAAGAAAUUAAUAAAAAGAUGUAGUAGAUUGUUUAGAUAAUUGAAUUUUUUGGUAAAGCUUUUGAGAUGUGAAUUGAGUAGUUUGAAUAAGAAAAUAUGUACCUCCACAUAAUUUCUUUAGAACUUCUGUUAUACUGGCUUUUUACUGAAAUAUUUUUUACAAGGAACAAAUCUAAAUUAAACAGCAAACUGAAAAUGUUACUUGCACAUAUUUUAAAACUACUGUCCUUGAUUAACAUCUGUAAGCAUCAUGUGAUCCUUAAAUGGCUUUUUACUUAAUUUUUUUUAUUUGACUAAAGGAAAAGUUAAGUUGUGCUGUACUAACAUUUUUUUGUGGGGAGUUGCCAAGAUUAGGAAUACUUUGCCAAAUGCAAGCUUUUCCAAGGCUAAAUAGCAUGUUAAUCUACUUAUGAAAUCUUGAUCUUCAUGCAUGAAAGAGUUUCACUUUUGAUCUUCAUGCAUAAGGUUUUACUUAAUUUUUAGUCUAAAAUUUAUGAUAUUUGGUAGAGAUCUGUGUUGAACUUUUAAAUUAAGCAGAAACAAAACUAGGAUGUUUUCGCUUAUCUUAAAGAGUGACAAGUAAAUAUCAGUUGAGCUAUCUGUUGACAAAAUUAAGGGCCUUUCUGUUACCAUGACCUUACACCAAAAGACAGACCCAAAACACAUACUCAAUAAUGAUAAAUCAUCAGUGUAAAAACAGAAAACUUUGUUGUUUUUUUUAGAAAUGAUGAUAAAUUUAUGUAGUUUAUAAAAAUCUCCUUAUCUAUUUUAAUCAUAUGGAUCUGAUAACAAUUGUUAGAAAUAGCAUCAAAGGCUUAAAAUUUGUAAUAAAUUCAUGCUGCCUCCUUCAGAUCUCUUUUGACUAUAAAUCGUUUUGCGUUUUUUCUUCCAUAGUUUGACGUAAUGUAAA